AUGAAUUCUUCACUACUCUACCAUAAGCUCUUUCAAAUACUCUUGAUUUACGUUUUACCCACCAUUCUACUAUUCGUCAUCGUCCACUUGCUUUUCCCAAAGAAGUUUAGACUGGUAGUAAUCAUUGGUGUCAUGAUCUUAGCUUUCUUACCUUCAGAGGUGACUUUCAUGAUCUGUCUAUUUCUUCUCAUCCUUUCUAUCCUUGCAGGAUUUUUAGCUUUUUGUUUCUUCGCCAACGAAAUCAUCAACUUCGAUCAAGACCUUGAUGACUUUCCCCCUUCUUCUAUUCCCAUCAUCAUUGUUACUCCUCCUAUUCCUGAUAUUGUUAUCACUCCUCCUACUGGACUUCAUGUUACAAAUUUACCUCCUCGAUAUGGCCAACAAGACCCUGCCUUCCUUAUGGUUAUUCCUAGAUCUAUUCGCAAAAAAAGAAGCAAAGCUAGAUCUCGUUCUCCCGAUGGACGUCGGGGAUCGAAAUGA